AUGGAGCUGUUUGCUAAGGAAAGCUUCGAGGCCAAGGACGAGCUGUUCCCAGACAUGCCCCGCGGAGAAGAGGGGCUGCCCCCCGAGGUCAGCAGGGAGACCGAAGAGCAGGAGCCGGAGGGGACCCUCCCAGCCGAGGCCCCGCCACCGCCACCCCUUGCGGCUGUCAGGGAAGAAUCGACUCGCCAGGUUGUGGCCACUGAGGACGUAGAGGUUACUGAACUCGAUGGAGCUGAGACUGAAGAUUCAGAAACCAGGGAACUGGAGACAAAAGAGACGUUCUUCAUUGAUGACCUACCUGACCUGGAAGAUGUUGAUAGUGGCGAAUCUUCGGACGAUCGGGAUGAGAAAAUGUGCUUUCCGAAGAUUGAGGCCAUCUCAAGCUUGAGUGACAACAGUGACCCUGAACUAGACUACACGUCACUCCCCGUGCUGGAAAACACGUCCACGGACGCCCUUUCAAAUAUAUUCGCUGUCUCUAAAGACACCUCAAAGGCGGCUCAGGCGCCCUUCACAGACAUAUUUAAAAUAGAGGUAAAGAGGGACGUGGAGACUCAAAGACAAGACACCACGUCCCCGAGACCACUGAUUCAGGAGCUCGGCGAUGAGGACCCCGCAGGCCACGCGCCGACAUCCCCUACCUGCGAAGGAGAUGCUGCCUCGCUCCCUUCCAGUAGAGACGAGGACCCUGGGCUCCUUGAGGCCUCUGCACCAGGUGAGAUCACAGCGGCCGAAGGCUCAGUGUAG